AUGAACACUUCCCAGCUUGUUGGUUUCUACGAAACCUUCGAAAAACAUGCGGUGUAUUUCCUAAUUCAACGAAACACCAUGGUAGCUUACGGUAUAACGACGAAUAUUGUGGUAGUUUUCUCUUUGUACGUGCUGAAAACGAGUAAAGUCAACUUAAUGAGCUCUUUCCGGAAUCUCAUGUACUGCAAUGUCAUAUUUCCUGCUUUGGCAUGCAAUGUUGUCUGUCUUCUGUUAAUCCCAUACAUAUUGGUACCAUAUCCCAUAGUGCUUAACUUGGCACCAUUGAAUUCCGGUCGUGAAUUCGCAUUGGUUUAUCUAGCCAUAGCUUUUUGGUUUGGAUUUAUGAGCUACCUUUCUGCUUCAUAUUCGAUAUCACUGAAUUAUAUUUCUGUAUGUCAUUCUGAGUUUAUGAAAUCAACCGGGUUUUGGAUUAUGAAAUGGCUUGCCCUUGUUCUUCCAUGUAUCCUUCUGAUAGCUUUAACAAUCCUUGUACCAUUGUUAGUCCUGCGUGACACGCUGUCAAUCCCGUCACUUUUGGCGGCAGAUGCAAGAAAUGCAGUCGUCGUGGCGAAAUUCGCUCCUCUCGUGCUGUACUUCAUAUCGAGCGGUCUGGACCUUUGGCUAGGGUCAAUAAUUGUGCUUUAUAUUACAACGGUCAUCUCUAGCGCUGCAAUGAUUACCAGGAUUGUUCUUCGAAUGCGGUCGAAAAAGCACGAAUUCUCCACCAAAACGUAUCGUCUUCAUCUGAAUGUUGUUCUUGCUCUUCUGAUGUACUGCGCUAUAGAAUUCAUUCAAUUUGGCUUACCCGUCGCUUUCUUUGUGAUUAGCGUAAUGCUCCAGCUGCCGUGGUUCAACGAACUGUGA